GCUCCAGUUCGGUGUGCUUGCGUAAGGCAGUCAGGCAACUGAGGUAUCUGCCUCUUUUUUCCCUUUCCUAGUUCAGCUCCUCUAGGAACCGCUCUUCCUGGCAAAGGCUUGCUCCAGGCUCUUCGGUGCUGCUGGUCCUGCCCCUGGAGGAUCCUGGGACCUGAUCUCAGAACCGUUUUCUCUGCUGUGGGUGAAUCAAGAGAACUUUAUGGGAGAAUAAUCUCCCUGGGACUUGGGGCUUGCAUUUUCCCAGAAUGAAGAAGGCCACGCAGCUCUUGCUCGCCAGCUCUGUCCUGUGUCUCCUGAAAGAGAGUAUCUGCGCUACCCGGAGACACUAUAUCGGGGCUGUAGAGCUGUAUUGGGACUAUAGGAGAAGUGAGCUGCUCAGUGCUCUCAGCCUGGAGCCAGGAUUUCCUCCAAGAGUCGCCGACUCAUUUGCAUCUGAUGGCUCCACUCUCUAUAAAAAGGCUGUGUUUGUAGAAUACACAGAUAGCCGCUUUCUCCAAACCAAGCCCAGAGCACCAUGGAUGGGUCUCCUGGGUCCCAUCAUUCGGGCAGAAGUACACGACACGGUGGUUGUUACACUCAAGAACAUGGCUUCCCAUCCAGUUAGCCUCCAUGCUGUUGGGAUAUCCUUCUGGAAGGCCUCUGAGGGGGCCAGAUACAACGACCAGACCACUUACAUGGAAAAGCAAGAUGAUGAAGUCGCCCCGGGUGCCAACUACACGUACGUGUGGCAAGUCCUGAAGGAGAACAGCCCCAUGGACCAUGACCCGCCAUGUCUCACCUAUUCCUAUCUUUCUCAUGUGGACACAGUGAAGGACCUGAAUACAGGCUUAAUUGGGCCUCUGCUGGUCUGUAAAGAAGGAAGUCUGGCUGGAACACAGCACUUGCAAGAGUUUGUGCUGCUCUUUGCUGUUUUUGAUGAAGGGAAAAGUUGGCAUUCAGAACCAGAGGAGACCGAGACACAGGCUCAGAUGGACGAGUCCAAAAAAUUGUACCCUAAAGUGCACACUAUCAAUGGCUAUGUGAACGGGUCUUUACCAGAUCUGUUAGUAUGUCACGGGAAGGCGGUCCAUUGGCACGUGAUUGGGAUGGGCACCGCUCCCGAAGUCCACUCGAUUUUUCUGGAAAGCCAUACGUUCCUUGUGAGAAAUCACCGCCUUACCUCUCUGGAGAUCUCGCCCGCCACAUUCCUCACCGCCCAGACACUGCAUAUGGACACUGGCCACUUCCUGAUGUUUUGCCAGAUCUCCUCUCACCAACAUGAUGGCAUGGAAGCCUAUGUCCAUGUGGAAACCUGUCCUGAGGAGCCCCAGCUCAAGAUGGAGAAAGAGUCAGGCAUUUACUAUGAUGACUAUGAGCAGGACACUGAGGUGUUCCUGUUGCCCGAGGCUGGCGAUUCUCCCUUCCUCCAGGCACGCUCAGUGGCCAAGAAGCACCCCAAAGCGUGGUUUCAUUACAUUGCAGUACAGGAGGCAGACUGGGACUAUGCACCCGCAUCCCCUGCUGAGCCCUCAGCCAGAGACUCCAAAAGUCACCAUCUGAACAGUCAUCCUCAAAGGCCUGGCAGGAAGUAUAAGAAAGCCCGGUACAUGGCCUACACAGAUGGAACCUUCAAGACUCCUCAGUCCAGUCAACACGAAUCAGGCAUUUUGGGACCUUUGCUUUAUGGAGAAGUUGGGGACAUGCUCUUGAUUACAUUCAAAAACUUAGCAAGUAGACCAUACAACAUUUACCCUCACGGCCUCACCAGCGUCAGUCCUUUGCACUCAGGGAGACUGCCUAAAGGUGUGAAAGAUGUCAAGGAUAUGCCAAUUAUGCCAGGCCAGACGUUCAAAUAUAAAUGGGAAGUAACUAUGGAGGAUGGACCAACUCAAGCAGAUCCCAGAUGCCUGACUAGGUAUUACUCCAGCUUUAUCAAUGCGGAACGAGACCUGGCUUCCGGCCUUAUUGGGCCCCUCCUUAUAUGUCAUAAAGAAACUGUGGACCAGAGAGGAAAUCAGAUGAUGUCAGACAAGAGGAAUGUGCUCCUCUUCUCCAUCUUUGAUGAGAACCACAGCUGGUACUUGGCCGAGAACAUGCAGCGUUUCAGCUCAGAUGCGGCUGGAGUGCAACCCCAGGAUCCCGAGUUCUAUGCCUCCAACGUCAUGCACAGUAUCAAUGGCUACAUAUUCAACAGCUUACACCUGUCUGUCUGUUUGCACGAGGUGGCCUACUGGCAUAUACUCAGCGUGGGAGCCCAGACCGAUUUCCUGUCUGUUUUCUUCUCUGGUUACACUUUCAAGCACAAGAUGGUCUUCGAGGACACGCUCACCCUUUUCCCGUUUUCUGGGGACACCGUUUACAUGAUCAUGGACAAUCCCGGUACCUGGAUGCUAGGCUGCCACAACCCUGAGUUUAGGAAGAGAGGCAUGACAGCCUUGCUGAAAGUUGCAACUUGCACUGUGAACACUGAGGAUUCUCAGGAGUACUAUGAUGAGCUGCCAGAUGACUUCUUGAGAAAAGAUAACUUCCUGGAGCCCAGAGCCUUAAGGAGUGUUCAGCAUCGGCACCCAUGUCCCGACAAACUGUCCUCCCCAAGCACCAGGGCAUCCCAAGCUGAUCCCGCGGAAGCCCACUCCCAUCACCAGGAGGAAAGCCAGCCACCCAAGUCACAAAACCUGAUGCCGCCUGAUACAUCAGGGAAUUCUGAGCACUGCCUGGCCCACCCAGGCGAUGUAUCCCAACCGGCUCUGGAAGAUAGCACCUAUGAGCCCCUCCCUGUGGACUAUUUCCCUGAGCCAAGUAACCAGGGCCCAGGCAGCGUGCAAAGGCUCAGGAAGCCGACCGAUUCCCUUGCUUUAAAUCCUGCAUUCCAGCCCCAUGGGAUUGGGUCUUCGGUUCCACUUCUGUGGCCUGGCCUCCAGCCCAAAAGCAGUAAGCCCUCAUGGGGGCGUUUGCAGGCACCAAUCAGAAUAGCCAUGAGGAAGGAAGAGUCUGAGUUUCCCAGGUCCUCAGAGAACACAACUCUUUCUCCAGUCCAUUUAUCUUCUAACCUGAUGGCAGCAGUGCUAAGAAAAACUACUUCACAGACCCCUUUUCUUCAAAGGAAAGAGGCAGAGCCGAUGUCAAGACAUCCAGAAACCCUUGGACCAAAGGGCCUUCCCUUAGUUGAGAAAGUCACACCCAUACAGCUGAGAGAUCCUAACCCUACUGAUGCCGCUGCUUUAGAAGUGGCUUUGAAGGAUGAGAAAGUAGUUUCCCUGGAAAGCAAGGGGUCCUCCCUGAUGAGGGAUGGAGGAUUCCAAGAAAUGAGUGCCCAAGUAGCCACAGCGGCUCCUGAUGGAAAGCCCUUCAAAGGGAAUGUUUCCUUGGUCCGAUCAAAUAUGGCAACUACUGACUCUGGAAACCUUCCCGUGCUCCCUAUGGAUGGGUCAAUGAUACUGUAUGAAAAUGAGUCAUCGAUUGGGAAAGAUAUUGUGUCAGUAAAAGAUACAGAAACGCCUUCUUGGGGGAACAACAGCACUCUCCCAGACCGGAAUGUGGCUACUCCCAUGCCCCAUCCUCUGCCAACUGAUGUGAUGGUGCUGAGAAAAGAGCUCACGAACCCCCCAAGAAAAAUACGCUCAGUCUUGCCGGCUAUAGACAAUAUGAAGACAGAAUCAUCUCACCAGAGAGACUUGUCUCUCUUUGGAAAGAUGGCAACGCUAGAUUUGGUGAAUGGUGAAAGGGCAAAUGAGAGGAAGGAGGCCCAGACCCCUGAGACAGAGACUGCCCUGGAGCAUCCCGUGACCAUGGGUUUAGCCCUUGAGCUUUGGAACAGGAAGAAUCCCUUCUCAGAAAAGAGCACGAUGGCACCAGCAGAGAAGACGUUUACGAAUGAUCCCGACUUCAGAGGAGUAAAAGUGAAGGGCAACAGCCAGAACGUGUGGCCUACUGUACUCACUGAACAGGAAACUUACACCCCAAGUCAGAAACCACAGUUUCAAGAAGUGAUGGAAAGGAAGGAAAUGUCUGCCUCUGAGAAUACAGUCUCGCCUCCAUCCUACUUGGUGGCCAACAGAAAGAAGCUUCUUAAGGCCCUUUUCUUGUCAAGCAUCAAGGAGGAUGGUCCCUUGGAAGGAGGGGAUGAGAAUACACUUGAGCUGGUUUUACCAAAGUCCCAACUACUGAGCAGUAUGUUAAGUGGUCCAAUAAGUAAUGCGGGGCUUCAGAAGACUCAUUUAUUUGCCAGGGAAGGAAUGAUACUUGAAAAGAAUGCGAAGGAAAUGAACUCAGAGAGUCCUACUUUAGACAAUCACAAUGACCAAAGAGUGGAUAGAGACCCGAGUUCAAGUCAGGAGAGCCUUUCCCAGAUGGACGAGUCAGAAACAGGGAAUGAACUCGAAGACAAUGCCACAAUAAUCCAGUGGUCAAAAAAAAGGCAAUUUCUACUCCAAGAUGACACGCCAGACCCUAGAGAGACACAGAAAGCUGCCACUUCCCUUCCUCCCUGGACCUAUUGGCCUGUAAGCAGCCAUGGGCCCUUGAGGCCAGAUGACUCCACAUUGCCUUCUCCAAAGGCUCAGAGAGUUCCAUCCCCAAGCCCCACCCAGUUGGCUCUGUCCUCUUCUUACAUCGACUCUUCUCAACUCCAGUCAACAGAUGACAUUAACAACCUCAAGGGAAAAAGUCAUGUAACUCAGGAAGGCAGCUGGGCUAUGAACACAAUCAAAGAAAGCGACAUCACCUCAAACACCCUCGACUUGGAACUUUCGGAAGGCCAAGAGGUGGGUGGUGCCCAGGGAGAGAUGGGCUCUCUCCAAAGACAUCUAGGUAAGCCCGUGCAUCCGAAAGUCCUACCUGACUUAGAUGCCAAAUCAGAGAUGCAGGUGACUCCACCUUCAAAUGGCACCAACCACCUGCAUCAUCUAGCAGAAGCCCAGGCAGCCACUGAAUCUGGUAAAGUGAAGUGGUUAGAGAAAGUGGCCUUGCUAAAAGUAGGAGCCAAAGACUUAAGAGGGCCUCUUCCUAAGGAAAUGUACCCAUUUUUCUGGGCUAACCAUACUGCCAGCCAGAUGUUAACAAGAGAAGAAUGGAAAUCUCAAGAUCAUCAGCCAGAUCAAGAUUUUCUCAAGACAGAUACUAUUUCCCACUUAAGCCUAUUGAAGAGAGGAAAGAAACUAAUAGAAGGAACAAGUCAGGAACAAGCUAAGCCCCCUUUCACCCCGGGCCUCAAUUCUUCGGAGAGCCCUCAACAACCAUUUGCUUUGAAUUUCCUUCCAAGGGAAAAACCUCCAACUUCUGCCCAGUCAGAGACAGAAAAAGACAGCUAUGAUGACAGCAGCCUGGAAAUGAAGGUGGAAGAUUUCGAUAUUUAUGAAGAUAAUGAGAGCCAGGGGCCUCGCAGCUUCCAGAAACGAACUCGCCACUACUUCAUCGCUGCCCAGGAAAAAAUCUGGGACUAUGGGCUCAACAAAUCUCCCCAUUUUCUCGGAGGCUGGGUACAGAAUGACAGCGCCUGGAAUUAUAAGAAAGUGGUCUUCCAAGAAUUUGCUGAUCAUUCCUUUACGGAGCCUCUAGAUCGUGGGGAGCUGACUGAACACCUAGGACUCCUGGGGCCAUAUAUCAGAGCAGAAGUUGAAGACUAUAUUGUGGUCACCUUCAAGAACCAGGCUUCCCGGCCUUACUCCUUCUAUUCUAGUCUCAUUUCCUAUGAGGAACAUCAGGGGCAAGAAAGUGACCUUAGAAAGAAAGAGGUGAAACCUGAAGAGACUAAAACAUAUUCUUGGAAGGUGGAGCCCCAUAUGGCACCCACUGACAAGGAGUUUGACUGCAAAGCCUGGGCCUAUUUCUCUGAUGUUGACCUGGAAAAAGAUCUACACUCCGGGCUGAUUGGGCCAAUACUGAUCUGUCACCCUAACAAACUGAACCCCUCUCAUGGCAGACAGUUGACCGUCCAGGAAUUUACUCUGUUCUUCACCAUCUUUGAUGAGACCAAGAGCUGGUAUUUUACUGAGAACAUGGAGAGGAACUGCAAGCCUCCAUGCAAGGUCCAGGUGGAUGAUCCUGGUUUUCAAAGGAACCACCGCUUUCAUGCAAUCAAUGGUUACGUGAAGGAUACAUUGCCUGGCUUGGUGAUGGCUCAGCACCAAAGGAUCCGGUGGUAUCUGCUGAGCAUGGGCAGCAAUGAAAAUAUUCACUCUAUCCACUUCAGUGGCCAAGUGUUUACUGUGCGGACCAAGAAAGAAUACAAAAUGGCGGUCUACAAUCUCUAUCCUGGUAUGAACUGGCCCAUGGUGCUGCCGUUGACUGGGGUGCCCUCCUUCCUCCUUUUUCCUACUCCUUCCCCUAUUUCAAAACAACUUGAGAUGAACUUGCUUGUCCCAGGAACCCUUUGCCGACUGACUCCACCCAACUGGCAUCAUAAAUCUCUUCCACACUCUUACAGGAAGUUGAGAGUGGCAGCAUCGGUCAAGCAGUCCCGUCAGAAUCUCUCCGAACAUCUACCCCGACGUGCUGAAAACAUCGAAGCGUCUGGGCAGGUUAACCCCCACGAUGGUCGGACCCUGCCUUUAGAGGGGGCUGUGACACCUCUCAGUUGCUCCACCUCCCUGCGUAUCUGCUAUUUGCCAUCUCCAUCCAAUCCUGUCUCCAAGUCGUGGAACACAUCUCCAGACUGGAGGGUUCUGCAAUUCCUUGUGGACGACAUCAGGAACUGUGAUCCAUGUUCUCUGAAGGAUGGGGAAGAUAGCUUUGGCCUGAUGCUCCGGAAGGGUUGUUUCCAAAACGUGCUGCUCUCUAGCCUCUCCCCCUCUGUGUCUCUUUCCUUUGCAGACUGUCGGAAUGUUCUGGGAAUGGCCUCUUGCCAGAUUGCCGAUUCUCAGAUCACGGCUUCUGGACAUUAUGGCCAGUGGGCCCCAAAGCUGGCCAGGCUUAAUUCUGCUGGCUCGAUCAAUGCGUGGAGCAGCCAGGAUGCCAAUCCUUGGAUCCAGGUUGACCUGUUACGACCAAUGAUUAUCCACGGUAUCCAGACUCAAGGAGCCCGACAGAAAUUCUCCAGCCUCUACAUCUCUCAGUUCACCAUCAGGCAUAGCCUUGACGGACAGAUGUGGAAGAAUUACAGAGGAAACUCCACUGGGACCAUGAUGGUCUUCUUUGGGAACGUGGAUGCGUCAGGGAUCAAGGAGAAUGCGUUUGACCCUCCCGUGAUCGCCCGGUUCCUGCGCCUGCAGCCCUCUCACUUCAGCGGGAGACCGGCAUGGGAGCUGCUGGGCAGCGCGAGGGGUCCCCGGCCUGAGCUUGGGAAAGGGGAGAAACCGGAGAAGCUGAACGGGGGGGGGGCGGCUGCCCCCGGCGCAAGACUGCCGGCGCUGACCCCCGGGCCCCCCCCAGGCUGCAGCCUCCCCCUGGGUGUGGAAAACGGGGCCAUCUCCGACGCACAGCUCACAGCGUCGUCCCACAAGGCCAGCGUGUUUGCCACCUGGGCCCCUUGGCGAGCGCGACUGAACCUUCAGGGCCGAACCAAUGCCUGGAGGCCCCGGGUGAACCUGGGGCGGGGGGGAGGGGGAGGACGGGCCCGGGAGCAGCGGGGGCUGGGGAGGCGCGCCCCGCGCACGCGCCACGCCCGGGCCCGGCCAGCCGGGAGCCCCGACAAGGCAAAGGUGAGGCUGCCCAGCGCCCAGGGCCGGGAAGACUCGCAGCUUUUCGAGGUCUCCCCCUUCCGGGACGGGCUCUGCUCUUUGGCUCCUCACAUCCUCGAGGCUCUGAGCCUGCGCUCCGGACCUUCCCAUGGGCAGGGGCCCCAGGGGACCAGCCGCCCCAGCCCUGCUGCUGCCUUUGCAGGGGAGGGCCGUGUAGCCGCCCCUUUCCCUCACCUCUCAGUGUCGGUUGGGGACGCUGCCCGUGCUCCCACUUGGCCGUUGGGUGUGGGGACCGCACUUCCUGUGCUGCUCCCUGAGCAACAAGCCUCCUCUUUCUUCUUUCAGAUCUUUAAGGGAAAUCGGGAUCAUUCGAGCCCCGUGGUGAACCCUGUGGAGCCUCCCCUGUUUGCCAGCCAUCUGAGGAUUCACCCCUGGCGCUGGGCCAACCACAUUGCUCUGAGGGUGGAGGUUCUGGGUUGUGACACUCAGCAGCCGUCCUAA